AACCCUAAACUGUUCUGGCCCACUAGCUUUCCCCUUUUCUCUUUUUCCUCUCCCUCUCCCUCUCGCUCGCGCUCUUCACACCCCGCGGGACGUGUGCACGCACAGGAGGAGAAUGGCAGCAUCAUCCGCACAGAGACCAAACGGGCCCUGCAAAAUGUUCACUCUGCUUCUCGUCGCUGCUCUCUUCAACGCUGGUAUCAUGGCAGAGGAAGAGGAAGUCAUCACACAGAGCUUUCUACAAGUGAAAACGGAGGAACUACGAGGAGACGCGAUGCCAAGCACAACUAAAUCUCCUGAAACGGGCACGGAAGGCCAGAAGUUGGUUUACCCUCCCUUCAUCACCUCCACUUCACACCCGGCUGCUACCACACCAGAGGAGGGAGGGCCAGCAGAGCAGCCUGAAGAUGGCAGCCCUGGAGACCAAGGGAAGGCAGCUGAUGAGGAAACUGGGCUCAAAGUUAACACGGUGUCCUUGGAAACAAAGACUUUGGAACAACAGACCAAGGCACCUCAGCCCGCCAGGGGUGAUGGACCCAACUACGUACCACAGCCUGCUCCACCGUCUGAUGUCAUCUGUGUCACCAAAGAGGCUGUCCAGGACAAAGAUGCUGUCCACCUGAAACUGAAGGCCCCCUCCAACUGUGAAGAUACCAGGUCCAAGAUUGCUAGUGUUCUGCAAGAGCUGUGUGGGGAAGACUGCAAACUGAACAUCUUCCAAGAGGACAACUCUGAUGAAAUCCUUGUAUCUGGGCAGUAUGUGGAAGAUGAUGCUGUAGGCAUGGCUGAGAAGUUCAAUAACGACAACAUCAAAGAUAAGACUGGCGUGGAAGAGGCGGUUCCUCAAUGGGGGAAGAACUCUAAGCUGGUGCUGGUUUCCCUGCUGCUGGCUGGUCUGUUGCUGGCUGCACUGCUGGUAGCUGGAUAUGGCCUGAAGACCCACCGCAAGAACUCCAAGGGAGUCCGAUUGGCCGAGUCUUUCCAGGUGGAUGAGGAGAACCAGGCCAAUACCCUGGUCUCUGUGGCCCCUCUACCCCAGGAGCCCCUUGACAAGCCCACAAUCAAUGGAGAAUCUCCACCAGAAAAUGGGACCAACACCGCACCCUCCACUAACGGACACUCUGCCAGCCAGACUGCCGUUGCCGACACGGAGAUGUAAAUGAAACCUCGACACCUCCACCUCUAACCCCUCCCCCCUCCCCUCCGCCUCCUGUUCCCCAUCACCCACUAGGUCUCAGUCAACCCCAACCCCCUCCAUUGCCUCAGAGACUGUCCAAACACUGUCAUGCAUUCGACACGAAUCCCAUCUUGAUUCACUAUCCGCCCUCUCUCCACCCUUUACCCCUUGGGACGACGACGACGAUGAUGAAGCUGAUGAUGACUGUGAUGACGAUAACGACAAUGCCUGUAAUGUGAAGAGUGUGGGAUCGCUGGCCUCUGCUGGUGUUUCGUCAGUGACAUGGAGCCUACCUGCUGUGUUUGGGACAGAGACUUGUCAACGGGACAAGAACAAAUUCGCCAAAGUAAUGCCAAGUUUUUGCUGUCGAUCCCUGAUGAAAAAGCACAGUAUGCUCUAUUGUUGUAACCCACAAGCGUGGUGAAAUGAAACCAAUGAAACCAGGCAGGUGAAAAGGAGACCAGUUUUGUAUUAUUGUAUAAAGGAUCUAGGAACUGUUUGCUUUUGUAGCCUCUCUGUUUGCCUAAACCUUAGAUGAGACACAAUCGAAGAACAAGUGUGCCAUGGGCUAUAAAGAACACCAAAGGUCUGAUUAGUCACAUGGUACCCACUAGAAUGGGGUUUUUUUUGGGUCCAAACCCGACCUAAGCCUGAGAUUUUGCUUUUCCUCCAUUGUUAGGUUACAUUUACCGCCUGAAAAAGCCUGUCCUGACGGGUCCCAACGGGCUCGGAUCAGUAUCCACACUCUAGUACCAAUGUUAGUGACUUGUCCAACUUCACUCAGUUGUUAAUUGCCGCUGAUCCAUAUCAAAUAGGGUACUUAUCUCCGAGAAGCAAGCCUCCUUUCUGUUACGAAUGUUUCGAAAUUAGCACCUGCUGCAAUACCCAAUACCUGAGCGAUCGCGUGAUGCGAACAGGUCCUCUGCUCCUUCCACAGUUUUACUCUCCUCAGCCUCUGACAUAGUGACUGUGCUCCAUAACAACCUUAGCAUCCUGACACUGUGAUCAGAAUGUUAAUCAUAUCAUAAAAAUCCGACCCACCGUUCUCUGGAACGUUCACUGCUUGGGACUCUGUACAACGCUGUAUCUUACAACUGGUUACAAUCUGUCGCAAAACUAUUUUGUUUGAACAGAGUUAGCCAGUCAAUCGAAACUGACACUGUGGUGUUAAUCACUCUGGAAAUUGUAGUUCUGUACUGGGCUAAAGCUGUUAUGUACAUAGUCUUUUCACAAGCAUUUUUUAAAGAUUUCAAUUCACUAAUGCAAUUUAAUUAUCCAUUGCUCUUGUACCCUAGCUUUUCAACUGAAUGAGUAGGAAACAGUUUUUUUAGGGUUUGUGAGUCAGGUUAGGGUUAGCCCUAACCUUAACCCUCAACCCCCUAACCCACCCACCUGUUUUUUUUGUUUUUUUUUUUUCUUUUGGGAAAAAAAAUGAAUGGCCAUAAUACUUCCUGAACUUUGGCGAGAGUAGUAUUACCAUGUGACUAGGAGCUUGAAUAACUGGUUACUUUUUUAACAAGGAAUCUGUAACAUUGUUAGCAAAUGAGUCCCUCAGUUCAACUAAAACUGGCUUGUUAACAUUAACAUUUGUCAUAAAAGCCAGAAGACCUGAGACAUAGAGUAACAGCCCACACAGUAGUUUGCUAGCAACCUGCAAAAGAUUUUUUUUUUUAAACCGUGGAAUGUAAAUAAUGCUAGCAAGCUAUUUUAAUAUGUAAAUGUCAAUUCAAACUAGUGCUUUCCUAAUUGCUGGAUGUAGACUGGUAGCAUAAUUAUAAUCAGUGAACCAUGUUACCUUUUAUCAAUGCUUAUCAACUGGGAUAGACUACCAGGUGCAUUUCUAUUUUUGUAGUUGUGUUGUGAUUUUCGUCAUGACGUCAUUGUACAGUUUCUUAUAAAUACUGAUGCUUUUUUACCGACUGUUACCACUGCAUCUCUGGGAAUGCUGAGAGGCAGUAGCAUCAUUUUUUACUGAGCAAAUCAGACGGGGAGGUUUUAAGACAGCAGGCCAGUAAACUCAAUCUCUCUUAUGGUGCACUGCUGUGAAAUAACCUGAGUUCAGGAUUCCCAAGACUGCCUUAUCUCUUCUAUAAAAACUGUUUAUUAUGAAGCUUUUUUUUUCUCCACACCAAUGGUAGGCCCAAAUGUAUUUUAGCUUCUAUUUUGAACAACUGGUUGUUUUCAUAAUGUACUGCAUGUGUAAAUAGCCUGCUUUCUCUGUUAGA